CCGGACCUAAACGGUCUCUGCUGCUGAUUGAUUGGCUGCUGUGGUCACAUGAUUUCAGAGAAUCGUCUCAGAGACAGUGAAAGUUAACGGGACAGACUGAGCUCAGAGCUGCUGUGACUGCUGACACUUCACCAACAGGCUCUGCAGGAAGCUCCUGAAAAUGGCAGCAAGACAGAGGAGGAGCAGUUUAAUUGAGCCUCUUAAUUUUUCUGACUUAACAACAAAACUUAUGAGACAUGCAGCUUCAUUCAUCUCAGUGUUUGACGUCAGUGAACCAGAGAUGAGACAGAUUGUAGGAGAGUUUCAGAAGAUCGUUGAUGAAGUGACAGAGAUGCAGCAGAUGACAGACAAAGUGAGGAGAGCAGGAGCUGUUGGUGGAGGAGUAGGACUCGGACUGAUGAUCCUUGCAGCUCCGUUCACUGGGGGGGCGAGCUUAUUGGCAGCAGGAGGACUAGCUGCUGCUGCUGCUGGUGGUGGUGGUGUUGCUGCUGCUGUUGGUGGAGGAGUAGGAGGAGUAGGAGGAGUAGGACUCGGACUGAUGAUCCUUGCAGCUCCGUUCACUGGGGGGGCGAGUUUAUUGGCAGCAGGAGGACUAGCUGCUGCUGGUGGUGCUGUUGUCGGGGCAAAUGUAACAAAAAUAAGAGAAGAGAAAGAAAGUGUGCGUAAAGUCGAAGAGCUGGGGAAAGAAUUCAUGAAGAUUGUUGAAUCACUGAAGAACGACCUGGAAGAAAUCAAGACGACGUGUGAAGAGCUGGAGAAAAGGUCAGCUGAAGGUCAAGCCAAACGGUCUCUGUCAGACAUGGAGGCGUUUCAGAGGAUUGUUGGACGAGUGUCUGAGCUGAGAAGAAGGACUGGAGAAGUUUUGGAUGUGACUGUAACAGUGAUGGAAAUAAUUCAUAAUCUGUUCAUGUUCAUUGUAAGUGUCUUCAGAGUGACUGCGACCCCUGAAGAGGAUCAGAAGUUAAGAGACUCCAUCGUCCAGUCAGCUGAUCAGUGUGAGAAGGUCAUUAAUGCGUUUGAUCAGAUGAAGAAGGAACUGUUAGACAUAAUGGAGGAGACAAAAUCGUCGGAGUGAGGAGAAGCUGACGUGUCGUCCUCCUGAGGAAAAUGUGUGUGAGGACAAAAGGACACAAUAAAGUCAUGACGUCAGAGGACGCAGCCUGUGUUUCCUCUGAUCAUGUUACACUGUUAGAUCUGUGAUGACAUCAGCAGGAGGAGAGCUAGUUAGCAUUAGCUGCUAAUAGUAAAAAGCAGUCCUGGGUGAAGGUAAAUUAUAACCUCCUCAUGAUGCGUUCACUGUCAUCUUGUUAAAUGCUUUUUGUGUGUUAAACAAACAAAUUCCAGCUGUUUGAUGUGUCAGUGUUUCCAGAGCACUCAGCCAGAUGUUAUGAUGGACAGAGGUGGAAAGUAACUAAUUACAUUUACUCACAUUACUGUCAUUGAGUAGUUUUUUUGUGUGUAAUAUUUUCAGUAGUUUUUCAAAUCUGUAAUUUUAGUUUCACUUAAGUAAGUUUUGACAGAAGUAUUGUACUUGGCUACACUGGAGAUCACAUCCCUUACUGAGUAGUUUUGGCUAAAUGGAAACCAAAGGGUGAAUCUCGUAACUCUCGUGUGGAAUUGACCCAGAACAAGAACUGUGUAUCAUCAGUCUAACAGUUGUGUUGGUGAGUCAAAAUGAAUGAGGGCUGCACAAUAUUAGACACAACUGACACUGUGAGGACAAUUUUGUAUACUGUGAUAUGUGCUGCAAUGUACAGUGUGUUGCAGUAAGUUGAACAGCUCUAUUUGGACAGAGGUCAUCACGUGGGAGUUGAAAGGCUGUAUUUACAUGAAAUAUACAGUUUACAAUCAAACUGUUCUGGAAGCUGCGAACUUCACAACCUACAGUAUUAAGCAGCAAAAUAAGUUUGGCAUAUUGCCUUUGACUAAUAUUAUACUGAUAUGAUGAACUCAUACUGUGAGUCUCACACUGUGACUGUUGCACAAGAACACAUCGCCAUGGUGACGCUCUAAUGAUAUUGUGCAGCCCUGAAUUGAAUUGAAUUCUAUGGUUCAUCAUAGAAUUCAAUUCAAUUGUAUUUGACAAUGUUUUAUUGUUUUAUGGGAUGGUCUACGUUAGGGCUGGGCGGUAUGACAAAAUUUUCAUAUCACGGUUUUAAGAAAAAAUCAUAUCGGUUUCACGGUAUUUCACGGUAUUUUGCUCAGGUUCGGCCAACUUGACAUGCUGCUGUGUGGUGCUAUGGCCUAUUCAAGUGCCGGAAUUUGUUAUUUACCUGACAACGCCUAAACGCAACACACGCUGCGUACGGAAGCGACACAUAGAGAAGCCAGCGGGGUUGUUUACUGUUUGCCGAGCCGAGAGGCUGCAUGAAAUGUUAAAGCAUUUUCCACCUAAGUUAUUACAUAUAUUUGAGUUAUCUACAAGUUUGCUGUACUGUUUGUCAUCUACUCGCUUUCAAAUGUCCGCCACGGACAUUUACACAAUGUCACGGAUAAACAUGGGUAAAUGCAUGGAAAAAAAUCAUCACAUAUCACCUCUGAUAAUGGUUUAUUCAUUUAAAAACACAUUGUGCUCGUUUAGCACACUAUUUCAUAUAGUUUUUAUCUGCUGGAGGGUCGCGUAGGGGAGCGUAGCGUGACAAAAAUAGAAGAGCCGCGUAAAAUAGAGAGUUGUCGCGCGGCAGACGGAGGUUGUCGCGCCGCUCCCGUUGCCAGUGGAGCCGCUGUAAUUGAUUAACAGGGUGGCGAGCUGCUACAGGACUCGCACUGCAGACGUGUCGUGCCGCUGACGUGCCCGGUGGAGCCUGUCUCGGACUCGGGACGGGUCGUCUUCGGUCAGGAAAAUGCAGUCCGAGCCAUGCUCUAGUGUGCUUACCUGUGUGUGCGCUUUGUGUGUGUGUGUGUGUGUGUGCGCGCGCGCAUCGGGGCGAAACUCCGCCGUGCACGAUACAGAGGACAGAGGAGAAUUGUAAAGGGCGGUGUGCCGCUGCUAGUUGCAUUCAGGGGAAACACUGCUCUUUUUGGUAUGAGUUCUUCUGGGACAUCGUGUACAGUUGCUUUGCUUUCAGGACUCUCCGGCAGCCAUUCUCGCCUCUAAACUUUUCUAUGCUCUCACUCUCACCCGCUCAAGCGUGCCUGUGGUGUGCAGCAGUGAAAUGGGUCCCCGCUGAAACACUUUCCCGCCGCGCACGUUCCGGAUGUUGUUUGGGCUAUUCACCGGUAUUGUGGGAUAUGAAAAAUUCAUAUCAUAACGAAAAUAAAUACCGGUUUUUGGUACAAACCGGUAUACCGCCCAGCCCUAGUCUGCGUUGUACUGCCCCAAAGACACACUAAAUGUUGUGUUGAUAUGUUUAAUGUCAUCAUGCUCUUAUAUUUGAAAAGUUUGUCCUUUAAUAAAAAACAACCAGUUUGUGGACUGGAUUUAUGACUCUGGACCAUUUCUGCACUG